CCACGCUGUUCCAGGUAAAUGUCAACAAGACUGAAAAACGUGUUUCUCUGACAACUGGAGGAAUCCACACCUGCCUCCAGCGUGACACCUCCCAGGUGCCUCCCCCUCCCCUCUUCUCUUUUUUAUUUGUUCUCCUAUUUGCAUGUUGGUGACGGCACCAUGUGUUUUGCUCCACCUGAGCUGAAUUUGAUUUUUUACAAACUCUGUGUGAGUUGGCAUUGUGUGUGUGUGUGCUAGACGGAGCUCAUUUCAGAAGACAGGAAACAUGAGAAAAGUGAGGAAUAUGUCCACUUGGAUUUUCACCAUGGGGAUGGUGACUGGAUUUCUCUCACUUCACCUGCUCUUCAGUUCAAUGGUCUCAGUGGAAAAGGUCAACAAUUCAGUGCAGGGGAUCAAGCCUGGCACUGGUCAUCAGGAUCCACCUGCAGGUGAGAGAGACAACAAAACAGGAAAUGAUACCCGGAUUUUAUGUUGGAUUAUGACUGGACCCAAAAACCUUGAAACCAGAACCAAGCACGUUAAGGAGACGUGGGCCAAGCGCUGUGACAAAGUGCUGUUCAUGAGCUCUGUGAAGACUGAUUUUCCCACAGUGGAGUUGAAUGUGAGUGAAGGAAGAGACAACCUAUACUGGAAGACCAUCAGAGCCCUGCAGUACAUCCAUCAACAUCACCUGGACGAAGCAGACUGGUUCCUAAAAGCAGAUGAUGAUACAUUUGUGGUCUUGGAGAAUCUACACCACAUUUUAUCCAGACACGACCCAGAAAAGCCCUUUUACCUGGGCAGAAGGUUCAUGCCUUUCAUCAGGCAAGGUUACAUGAGUGGAGGAGCAGGCUAUGUUCUGAGUAAAGAGGCCCUGAGGAGGUUUGUCAAAGGGUUCAGUACUGGAGAAUGCACACACUUCUCCUCUAUAGAAGACAUGGCUCUGGGUAAAUGUUUGGAGACGAUGAAGGUGGAGCCAGCAGAUUCCAGAGAUGAACACGGGAGGCAAACCUUUCAUCCUUAUCCUCCAGAUUACUACAUAGUUCGACAGCCGUCAAGGCCUCGGCCUUGGUAUUUGAUUUACGACCAUUAUGCUCCAGUAGAGGGUCCAGGCUGCUGCUCAGACUUUGUGAUUUCUUUUCAUUACAUCUAUGCUGUUCAGCAGUACGUGUUGGAGUACCUGACCUACCACCUGAGACCGUACGGAUACAAGUACAGAUUUAAACCUGAUGAAAAGGCACAAGUGAACAAAACUGAAAACAUCAAUCUUUUGUAAGAACUCCUGACCUGUUUGCACUCCCACCCAGUUUCAGGCAGCUAAACCAGAAUGCUCAGGUGUGCGAGCGAGUAAUUUCUAAGUGAUGACACACAUAAUGAAAGGAAGUGAAUCAGAUGAUAAACAUUUACUGAGCAAACAUAGAGCUGUCAAAAUGAUUUACAGCAAACCGCUGCUGAGUUUGACAAAGGUAGAAGCCUCCCUCCCUCCCAGGUGACUUGGAAAAGUUUCAGAACUAAAGUCAAAACCAGAGAAAAAUGAAACAUUCCAAACUUCCUUCUAGACUAGAUUUCUGGACGAAGAGCUGCUGCUACUCACAUUCACUCCCACAAACAAACCUGUUGGAUUCCAUGUAAACAACCGUAAAAUGACAUGUAGAAAUCCACUAGAAUCACUAUAAGUUAGGACUCCAGAAUACCAAAGACUCAGUCGAGUCCUGUUUAGCGAAGAGUUGCAACCAUGUGACCAACCUUUUCAUGGAGGGUCUGAAGAAUGAGCAUUGACACGUUGCAGGAUUUUUUAUUUCUUCAGGUAAUGUGCUCUCCACACAUCAGUUACAAAGGGAUCAAGCUCGUGCAGCAACACAUUCUCACACCCAAUGCGGCUGAAACUGACAAAGGGAGCCCCUACGCGUCGGGAGGCAACGCGUUGUGCCAGAGCGUCACUUUCUGACCCCUAUUGUGACCUUUACUCUCUUGCAAUUCAACCUUCCCCUCACCUUCAUUCUAACUUUAACCCACUUGCACAUGCAGAACCUCGUUACUUGUCGAAAUGUCUGUCUCAAACACGGUUAAUGGGAAAUUCAGAACGAGAAACUGGGUUAAGGUUAGGAUGGGGUAGGGCUGGACGAUAUAUCGAAAAUUUAUCGUUACAGAAAUUUCUGAAGCCUGAUUUAUGCUUCUCCGUCUGCGUCAGUGCAGAGCACACGCAACGCCAUUAUCCGUCCUCGCGUAGGGAUCCGGCAGGCACGCAAGUACGUACGGAGUCGAGCCCACUUUUUUAAACAUCCAUCGAACGAAACGGAUAACGCAAGCUUGUGAUUGGUCAGGACGCUGCUGUUGUUUACAGCGCCGCCAUUGCAAAGAGAGCCGAGGAUAACUAGCGGCAGACACGGAGAAGCUUGAAGAAUGUCUCGCGAAAAAACUCUAAAAAUAUGAACGUUUUAUCCUCCCGUGACUGGAGGAGUGAAAAGAUGCGCAGGAAGCGUUUUAUUUGUGGACGGAAAUGACAGGAAACGUGGGUUUAGAGGUGGGGAGCGCAUGAAGAGGUGGGAGAAUGAGAGACAAAUAUGUCCGUGUUAAAAGUCUCUUAUAUACACAAAAAACACAAUAUAAACACACGAUCCUGGACCGAUACAUGACAGGAUACCACAGAACAGCGCUACGCCCUCUGUGGUCCUGCCGGGCAAUUGCUUUGCAACACUCUCCAGGAGACGGAGAAGUAUGAGAGCAAAACGCUUCCGUCAAUCCGUGCGUGUCUGUCCCUUGCGGAGCUGACGGAGAAGCAUGAACCAGGCUUAUCUCUUAUCGAGAGAAUUUUCCCCAUGCCAUUAAAUUUGAUAAUAAAAAAAGGAAAGGAUGUGUGUAGGUUGACAAUGUUCAUGUCCUUUUAUGAAGCUGUACCACCAUGAGUCACGUAAAAAUGUGACUCAACAAUACAUGCGACAGCCCCAUCUAGUGGACAACUUUUGUCUCUGCCCAUGCCAGUAGUUAUCGUCCAUUUAUCGUUAUCAAGGUGAAAUCCUCAAUAUAUUUUGAUAUUGAUUUUGGGCCAAAUCACCCAGCCCUAAGAUGGCGAGGGGACGGUUAAAUCGCCAGAGGUUAGAGGUAAAAUGUCGAUGAAAUAUCCGUUUUACCGCGGGCAUCAAAAAGCGAAGCUCUGGCACAGUGCGUCGCCUCUCGAUGCGUUGGCAGCCCCAACGCGUCAGAAACAAACACUUGGUCGCCCUUCGUCAGUUUCAGCUGCUUUGGGUGUGAGAAUGUGUUGCGUGCAGAUGACUCGAUGUUCUUCACAGCACCAGAGUUCAAGGCAGUCAGUUCCUCAAUGUGUUUUUUUUUUCUGCCCAAAGCUCACCAUAGCUUCUUCAGCUAUUGGUAGAUCUUUGGUUGGUGUGUCCAACAGCUGCCUUUUCUUUGCAGUUUGAGAAUUUCUUUUACCUUCAGGACCCAUGCCACACAUCCUUUUUAGCUUCGUCCAGCUGGAAAUGAACUUUAGCAGCAUAGCAGAGGAACACUCUUCAUCCCUGAGCACAGAUGCACAGGUUAGGACGUUAUCUUUCACUCUUUUGCGCAUUUGUUCUGUGUGUAACUUCAUAAUCCGUUACUUUAUUAUAUUUUUACAGCUUAGUAAAAAAAUAGUUUUUUACCUUACAGUUUGUCGGUGUUGGUGACGUCACUUCUGUUUAUCCGCGGGCAGUAGAGGACGAUGUCGCCAUCUACUGCCCGCGUCCUCCUCGCCGAUGACACUGUCCCAUGCGUGAUCCAACGUGAAUACUACAUUGUCUCUGUUCAUGGUUAAGUGUCCAGUUGUCCUUAUUUCUAUCGUUUCUUUGAUCCAUCUUUUGCAUUUUUGUUGUUCUGUGUUUAUGAGCCAUGUACUGUCCCAGUCCAUUACAUUAAGAGAUGCAUUGAUACCACUUAUUUUCAAACCGAUACAAUACCAAUACUUGGAUCUGAGUACUCGCCGAUACCGAUACUUCUACCACACAAAAAAAUGCAAUGAAUUGGAAUACAGGUUUUAUUUUCUUCUCAGCUUUCAACAGUAAAAGUCUGUGAGGUGGAUAAAAAUAAAAUAUAUUAAUAGAAAUGAUCACAAAACUAAGAUAUUAUGUGAACAGAAAUGAUAAGUUAGGCUUAAUUUAUACUUCUCCAUGAGCUCCGCAACGUAGAGACGCACACGGAGCGUCGGGAAGGUUUUCACAUUAAAACUUCUGUUCAGGCAGUGGAGUGUUGCAAAGCAAUUCCCCACUAGGACAAGAGAGGGCGUAGCAUUGUUCUGUGGUAACACGGGGCGACGGUGGCACAGGCGUUAAGUGCUCGCCCCGUAAUCGGAAGGUUGCUGGUUCGAGUCCCGCUCAGUCUGUCGCUGUCGUUGUGUCCUUGGGCAAGACACUUAACCCACGUUGCCUGCUGGUGGUGGUCGGAGGGACCGGUGGCGCCAGUGCUCGGCAGCCUCGCCUCUGUCAGUGCGCCCCAGGGCAGCUGUGGCUACAUUGUAGCUCAUCCCCACCAGUGUGUGAAUGUGUGUGUGAAUGGGUGAAUGACUGAUUGUGUUGUAAAACGUCUUGGGGGGUUCUAGGACUCUAGAAGGCGCUAUAUCAAAUACAGGCCAUUUACCAUUUACCAUUUACCAUUUAUGUGGUCUCCGAUAGUGUAUUUACUAAUGUGUUUAUAUAUUUCAGAGACUUUAUAACAUGGACAAGUGUGGCCUUCAUUCUCCUCCACCUCCCCAUGGGGUCACUACCUCUAAACCCACAUUUUCCAUCCUUUCUGCCCAAGUUAGCUCAAAUUUUCGGCCUUUUUUCGCGAUACGUUCUUCAAUCUGUUCAGGGUCUGCCGUUAAAUAGCUGUUUACGUUUUAAAGGAGCUACAGCGGUGCUGGUGACGAAUAUACAGGAAGCGGUGUCCUGACCGACCACAAGCAUGCGGUCUCUGUCACCCUCUGUGAGCUUGUCGGAGAGCCCUUGUGUCGACGCAUACUGGCGUUGCGCGUCUCCGCACCGACGCAGACGGAGAAGUAUCGGUGCAUACCUACAUUAUAUGAUUUUCCCUUGUGCAGUGGUCUGUUACAGCUGAUUUCUUUAUUGUACUUUCUGCUUCUUGUUUGGCUGCUCUUGUGUGUCUUCGACUUGCUUCCCCCUCGCACUCUCUAAUAUGUCGUCUACGUAGCAUUUCCAUAGUUUUAUUUUGGAGUCUGGGGGCAGUGGCUAUGGCCUUUUGUUCCAGGUCUUCCAUGAAGAACUCACAAAGGGCGGCUGAUAGUGGGUUUCCCAAGACAAACCUUUCUAGUUGGUUGCAUUUGGUUCAGUUAUAAAUGAAGUGAGUGGAGUUCGCUACCAGUUCUAUCAAUGGUGCUAAGUCUGCUGUGAGGUUUGUCCUUGUCUGGUUUUGUCUCGUCUGAUCCUGUUAACCACUAUGCUUUUGUGACCAAAGAUAUGACAACAUGUAAGGUAAAAAACGUUUUUAAGUAAGCGAUGUAAAAAAAAAGAACAAAGUAAUGGGUCCUCUUUUACUUCUGAGCCAGCUACCAAAUGGACAGACGUUUCUUUCUGGAGAGAUGGUCGGUAAAUCUGGGAUUUGGUGAGAAAUUUUGGACCGCUAAUCCAGGUGGAAGCACCACGUUGGUCUGCAGGGCAUUUCAUUUAGAAAGCUUGUUUAGUGAGAUGAUAAUAAUUGGAACAUGCAUAAUAACUACAUUUGUAUUGUGUGUGAUAAAAACAUUUUGUGUUUUGCACUUUAUUGUGUUUUCCAGAGAAAACAUUUCCAUGAAGGAAAACUGAUGGUUCUCCGUUGAACCAAUGAAGGAAACCAGUGGCUCCUAAAGCUGUAGGUCUUCUGGUGAUUUCUAAAAUCCAAAUCAACUGAAAAUUUAAUAUUUGAUCAAAUAUUUCCACUGUAUCACUGGCAAGUCAGAUAGAUCCCAAUAGAAUAAUAUCAGGUUUACGUUUUUUUUGUAUAGUUCUACCAGUAAAGGUUGGGGCUCUGAGUCUAGGUUGUUUUAUUUUUGUGGGUCAAAUGGAAUUCCAGGUGUAAAUAACCUUUAAAAUGGCUAAAUUACCCCCAUGUACAUGUUGGAUUUAAACAUUCCUGUAUUCAUCCUGAUUCCAGCAUCUUUCUUAACCGAGCAGCUCUACUUUCCUUCUGCAAUCUGGUUUAAUCUGUCAUCUGGUUAAUCUGUUGACAUCUGUGAUAGACUCAGGUAUUGUGUUUAUUAAAAAGAGCAAAAAGUAGGUUUAACAAAAUGGUUUAUUUAUUUAAAAGUUGUUGUUCUGUUCAUUUCUAUGUUAUUCCUUCAGGUACGUACAGUGUUAAACAAUAAAAAUUUAUUUUACACCAAAA